GUCCGGGGAAGGAGAGAGACAAAAAACCCCGCCACGGUUCGUAUUUGCGUGGUCGCGCGAAGAGGAGGACGGACAUGAAGAAGUUUCGGAAGGUUCUGGACGGCUUGACCACGUCGUCCCCCGGCGGCGGCACCGUGGGGUCUCCGUCGUGCGGCAGCGCGGCCGGGACGCCCACCGCGGCGGCGGCGAACACCCCCAAGGAGGUCGACGUGCAGGAGACGCUGGUGUCGGAAAACUUUCAGCUGUGUAAGACGGUGCGCCAUGGUUUCCCCUACCAGCCCACGGCUUUGGCCUUCGACCCCGUGCAGAAGAUCCUGGCCAUCGGCUCCAGAUCGGGCGGCGUUCGGAUACUGGGACGACCCGGUGUGGACUGCUUCUGUCAGCAUGAGAGCGGCGCUGCUGUUCUUCAACUUCAGUUCCUGAUCAACGAGGGGGCGCUAGUCACAGCCUGCGCUGAUGAUACCUUACACUUAUGGAAUCUUCGUCAGAGGCGACCGGCUAUCCUGCAUUCACUCAAGUUCAACAGAGAGAGGAUCACAUUUUGCCACCUUCCCUUUCAGAGUAAAUGGCUUUAUGUGGGCACGGAGCGCGGGAACACGCACAUCGUCAACAUCGAGUCCUUCGUCCUGUCUGGCUAUGUCAUCAUGUGGAACAAGGCCAUCGAACUAUCGACUAAAACUCAUCCGGGACCCGUCGUCCAUUUGAGUGACAGCCCGAAGGAUGAAGGCAAGCUUCUGGUGGGUUUCGAGAGCGGCACAAUAGUACAGUGGGACCUGAGGGCCAAAAAGACUGAUUUCAGAAUCUAUUAUGACGAGGCGAUCCACUCUGCCAGCUGGCACCACGAAGGCAAGCAGUUCAUGUGCAGCCACUCGGACGGCAGCCUGACCGUGUGGAACCUCAGGAACACCUCCAAGCCCGUGCAGGUCACCUUUCCACAUGGUAAAAUCCAGAAAGAUGGCAAGAAGGAAUCAUGUAAACCCAUACUCAAAGUGGAUUACAAGACCUCGAGGAACAGUGAGCCUUUCGUCAUCUUCUCCGGAGGUCUUUCGUACGACAAGGCGGGGCGGCGGCCUACGUUGACCAUCAUGCACGGCAAGGCCAUUACCGUUUUGGAGAUGGAUUUUCCCAUAGUCGAGUUCAUUACCCUCUGCGAUACUCCUUAUAAUAACGAGGUCCAGGAUCCUUUUGCAGUGGUGGUGCUGCUAGAAAAAGAUUUGAUCGUGGUGGAUCUGACGCAGAGCAACUUCCCGGUCUUCGAGAACCCAUACCCUAUGGACGUCCACGAGUCUCCCGUUACCUGCACCGCUUAUUUUGCAGACUGCCCUCCGGACAUCAUCCCUGUCCUCUACUCCAUUGGAGCUAAACACAAGAAGACUGGCUACAGUCAAAAGGAGUGGCCGGUUAGCGGGGGAAUGUGGACGUUAGGCUCGCACACCUACCCGGAGAUCAUCAUCACUGGACAUGCAGACGGGUCGAUCAAGUUUUGGGAUGCCUCUGCAAUCACGCUGCAGAUGUUGUACAAGUUGAAGACCUCCAAGGUGUUUGAAAAGCCCAAGCAGAGCGAGGGUCGUGCAUCCGAACUGGUGGAUGAAGACCCCUUCGCGGUCCAGACGGUCAGCUGGUGUCCCCAGAGUCGCAUCUUUUGUGUGGUCGGGAUCUCGGCCCACAUCAUCCUGUAUCGCUUCAGCAAAUACGACGCCAACACUCAAAUUGUGGCCCUGGAGGUGCGACUGCAAUGCGAGUCGGAGGAUGUCAUUUCUCCAUCGGAGAAUGAAAACAACCCCUGCUUCUCAGAGCCCCGGUCAGGCUCCCACUCCCCCCAGCCCCACCAACAACACCCGGCAAGCCCCGGCGGCGGCACACCAGAGGGUGUCAAGGACAGCGCCCUCUGCCUUAAGGUGAAGGAUCGGGUGGUGCGGGUACCUCCUGGCUACCAGGCCGAGCUGGUCAUCCAGCUGCCUUGGCUGGAUGGAGAACCUCCACAGCAGAUCUCAAGCCUCGACAUCAACUCUGCCUAUGGCCUUCUGGCAUUGGGGAACUGUAAUGGUCUUGCGGUGGUGGACUACUUGCAGAAAAGCCUCCUGUUGUGCAUGUCCACUCUGGACUUGUAUGGAGCCGCCGAUCCCUACCAGCGCCUUACCCGCUCCCCCCGCAGGAACCGGCAGUCCACCUCAGACGUUUGCAUGCGUGGCCUGUCUAACUUUUAUUCCGAUUCAAAGAAAAGGAUCCGUACAUCCUACCAGAGCCUUACUGAACUCUCUGACAACCAGCAGUCUGUUGACAUGGAGAGGAGCAAGUCGCCCACCUCAGUUCAUUACCCAAGCUCCCUUCACAAUGACCCCCGCGUCCUACCAGAGCCCGUGGCCAGUCUGAGAGCCAGCCACUGCAGCCCGGUCUUUUACUUAUUGGACAAUGUCAAGGGGCCCGGCAGAAAGUUAAGUCUGCCAACAGAUCUUAAGACUGAUCUUGAUCAUGUCAAUGGACAUUGCACUAGCCCCACCUCCCAGCCCUGCUCGGCGGGGAAGCCUCGCAUCCCGACGGGUCCCGAGGGGCCACGGCUUGCCCGCAGAGGCCCUGGCCGGCCGCCGUUCCGCAAGGCCCAGUCCGCCGCUUGCAUGGAGAUCUCUUUGCCUGUGUCCCACACUGAAGGUUAUGCAUCCAGGAGGGCAAUGCUCCAGCAGUUACACGGCGUCGCAAUGUACUCUCACGACGAGCACCACACCACCUGCUGGAGCGAGCGAGAGAGUCGGGAGAACUCCUUCAGCCGCUCCCGCAGCUCCAGCGUCUCCAGCAUCGACCGGGACACCAAGGAGGCCAUCACCACGCUGCAGUUCGGGGAGUCGUACGGGCGGAAGGGCGACGCCCUGCCCACACCGUGCCUGUGGGUGGGCACCAGCCUGGGUGUGAUCCUGCUCGUCCCCGUGUCCAUCCCCACCGACCAGGAUGAGAGGAUGGAGGAGCCUGUCACCAUCGGUCCUUGUGGAACAGUUCUGAUGCUUAAAGGCUCCGUGCUGCGCUUUGGCUUCUUGGACUGCGUGGGCGCGCUCAUCCAAAGCCCCUACGAGGUCUGGCGUGACCCCAACGCCCCGGAAGACCCCGACCGACCCCGAAAGCGCAAGCUGGUGCACCACUCGCCCUCGUCCUCCCAGGACGCCUGCGGAGAAGGACAUCUGGCCGUGGUGUGCUCCGAGAGGCAGGCCAAAGUGUUCCUGAUGCCCUCGCAGUCCUGCCUCUUCGUCCACAACAUCACGGAGUCGUCCUUCGUCCUGCGGGCCGACGUGGUGUCGGUGUGCAACAGCGUGUGCCUCGCCUGCUUCUGUGCCAACGGACAUGUCAUGACGCUCAGUCUUCCCAGUCUGAGGCCGUUGAUGGAUGUCAGCUACCUGCCUAUGACAGAUAUGCGCAUCGCAAGAACCUUCUGCUUCACCAACGGAGGACAGGCGCUUUAUCUCAGCUCGCCGACCGAGAUCCAGAGAAUUACAUACAGCCAGGAGAUGUAUGACAAUCUUCAGGAAAUGCUGGGAGAAUUGUUUACACCCAUAGAAACACCAGAGGCCCAGAACAGAGGCUUCCUGAAGGGCUUCUUCGGAGGAACCGCUCACACCUUCGACAGAGAGGAGCUAUUCGGCGAGGCAGCGGCCGGCAAGGGCUCCAGGAGUCUGGCCCAGCACAUCCCUGGUCAGGCAGGGGUGGAGGGCAUGAAGGUGGCGGCCAGCGGGGCCGUGGGCGAGCUGGCCCGAGCCCGCGUGGCUCUGGACGAGAGAGGACAGAGACUGGGUGAGCUGGAGGAAAGAACGGCGCUGAUGAUGACCAGUGCAGAGUCCUUCUCCAAGCAUGCUCAUGAGCUCAUGUUGAAGUGCAAGGACAAGAAAUGGUACCAGUUGUAAUCGAACGAGCGAGGUCAAGCGAUGGAUUUCUGAGGGCUUCUUGCCAAGGACAGGAAUUUUGACUCCACAGACGAGAAAGAAAGACGGAAGAAAGACUUUCUCUUUGCGGCUUUUUACGCCGAGUCAUCGUCACACACGGUGGGAGGUCAGGAUAGUCCCUAAUGGUUAGUCCCUCGUUAGGAACCACAGCGGGAGCAUCUGGAGGACCGCCUGUCAGCGUGUGUGUGUGUGUGCGUGUGCGUGUGCGUGUGUGUGUGUGUGUGUUGGUCCUCUGGACCUCACUGUGUAGAUACUCAACAAUUAAGCAAACAAGACGUGCAUGAAACUAAUAAGGAAUGCCUAUCAAAAAUAUCAAACUGCCAUAUUAAAAAGCAGCAUGCUUACUUUAAUGCUACUUUAACAGGAGAGUCAACGAUUAAUUUUUUUAUUUCAUAAUAUAGCCGACUACAGAAGCUAUUAAAAAAAACAUUCUAUUUUUUGAAAUAUCAACAAAAUCUAUAUAUAAAAACAGAAAUGUAUACCUGCAUCGCUAUUAAGCCAAAACCUGCGUUCCUUUACGUCAACUUUUGAUUUAUUUUAGCAACGGUCAGCGCACUACAAUAAAGGGAAAAAAAAGUGCAACCAAUUAAUCUGAUUUUAAUUAAUUUUAGCUGCUGCGACUUACAAUAACAACAAAUGAUGAGGCCAACUGCAAUCCAAAAAAAAGAAAGAAAAAAAAACACAGGAUGUAUGCAAAGGUUGAGAAAAGUGGACCCAGGAUGUUUAUAAUGACUUAUAUGUUAUUCACGUGCCAUAAAAAAGAGUGCAAUCAAUGUCAAGUAACAAAGAGCUAACAGGUCGUCCCUCCUGAUGGACGUUCAAGGGGCAUUUCUUAUGGUUUUUUUGUAAUAAGUAACAAAAUCAAGUCGCCAGUCGGGUGUUUAGCUUGACUUUGCCAGAUGUGCGAGUUUAGUGUGUGUUCGUGCGUGUGGAAGAAUGUGUGCCACGGGUAGGGAUGGGUACCGAAUUCGGUACUUUUGUAGGCGCCGACUGAAUUCCGUCCACAAAAUAUUCCGAUGUUUUGGUUGCGUCACGUCCGGUUGCGACAAAGCAAGCGUGCCCGGUAGAAAUACGCUCCCACGUAAAGUAAGGCUGCGUUCUUCCAAAAUGCGUUAGCUUGAUGCUAAUUUGCACUGGAUUUGCCAUAGACAUGCUACUAUUAGUUUUAGAGAUUAGGGCUGUGAAUCUUCGGGCACCGCACGAUUCCAUUCCAUUCUUGGGGGUAACGAUUCGAUUCAGAAUCGGUUCAAAACGAUUCUCGAUUCAAAAUCAAUACUUUUUGAAUACCAUUGGAUGCCAGUUCUAUGAUUGACUACAUUACUCCAUAGAAUACAUAAACAGCUCUGAUCAAUUAAAAGAAAACUGGUUUUAAAAGUGUUAAAAGUAAAUCAUACAUUAAUAUUAUGCUUUGAACGCUUCCAUUUCCAGAUCAACUUAGAUGUAUCUGUUGAUAUUAAGUUCUUAUUUUCCCCCAAAAAAAUUCAAAAGUCAAAUAUUUGUUGUGAAGUGAGUGGAGCCCCAAAUACGUCAAUAAUUCAUAACAUUCAUUUUAAUUCAUAAUUAAUUUUUGAACAUUGAGCGUGUUUAUUAAAAUUCCACCAUAUAGGUCCCUUGGACCCUCAAAAGUCCCGCUCAUAAAAGUGUUAAAAGUAAGUCAUAUAUGAAUAUAAAUAUAUAAAAAAUUAUAGAUUAACUUCAGAUUUAUGUGCUGAUAUUAGUUUAUUUUUUUUAAUUUUUUUAUGUUUUACACCGUUUUUUCCUCAAAGAAACACCCUUGUUUCUAUGUCAAAAACACAAAAUAUGCUAAAUUUUCUCCCCAAAAAUUAAAAAGUGAAAUAUUUCAUGUAAAGUGAUCAGAGCCUUAAAUAUGUCAAUAAUUCAUAACAACAUUAUUUUAUUUGGAAUAAUUUGUUUUUGAACUUUGUGCGUGAUUAUUACAAUUCCACCAUAUAGGUCCCUUGGACCCUCAAAGGUCCCGCUCAUAAAAGUGUUAAAAGUAAGUCAUAUAUUAAUAUAAAUAUAUUAAAAAUUAUAGAUUAACUUCAGAUUUAUGUGCUGAUAUUAGUUUUUUUUUAUUAUUAUUAUUUUUUUAAUGUUUUACACCGUUUUUUCCUCAAAGAAACACCCUUGUUUCUAUGGCAAAAACACAAA